GCAAUUUUUGGGCUUGCAGUUCUCAACAACACUCUCGUCUAUUAACUUCUUCAUUCAGAUCAUCAUCACCCUUCGUUCUUUCUUUAUCUAGUUUCAAUCACUUGUAGCUAAUUCAGUUUUCAUUAAUGGAGAAUGAGCCUAAGAUGCUAUGGUGGAUCUUCACCAUUCCAUUGCUGAUCUCAAACUUGCAGAAUUGUGCUUAUGGAGAACCUCAAGUGCCAUGUUACUUUGUUUUUGGGGACUCACUCUUUGAUAAUGGAAACAACAACAAUCUUUCGACGUUGGCAAAAGCCAAUUAUACUCCUUAUGGGUUUGACUUUAGCGAAGGACCUACCGGAAGGUUUAGCAAUGGCAACAAUACAGCCGAUGUCAUUGCUAAGCUUUUGGGAUUUGACGACUAUAUUCCAACCUUCAAUGAAGCAAAAGCUACAAAAAAUAUAUUAAGAGGUGUAAAUUACGCAUCUGGAUCAGCUGGGAUUCGCAAUGAAAGUGGACGAUUAGCAGUGGGUGAGGUGAUAUCCCUGGAUGAGCAGUUACAAAAUCACCGUAUCAUAAUUUCACUCAUCACUGAAGUACUGGGAAGUAAAGAUGCAGCCAUGAAGCACCUAAACAAGUGCAUUUACACCAUUGACAUGGGCACCAAUGACUACACAAUGAAUUACUUCCUGCCCCAAUUAUAUAACACUAGCAGGCAAUUCAAUGUUCACCAGUACGCUACAGUGCUCAUUCAACAAUAUUCUCAGCAAUUAAAGAGCUUAUACGAUCUUGGAGCAAGGAAGGUGGCCGUUGUGGGACUAAUCCAGAGUGGUUGCUCGCCCAAUGCACUGGCAACAUAUGGUACGAAUGGCUCUUCAUGUGUAGAGAUGAUCAACAACGCAGUACAAAUCUUCAAUAGCAAGCUUAUACCAUUAGUUACAAACCUUAACGCCAAUCUUCCUGGAGCUAAAUUUACUUACAUAAAUUUUUACCAGAUUGAUGCCGAAUCAACUCGAGCUUUCAGGUUCACCAGAGUUGCUUGUUGCAACUUAACCAGUACAGGAUUAUGUGAUCCUUCUACAAUUCCAUGUCCUGAUAGGACUGAGUAUGCAUACUAUGAUUCGGUACAUCCUACAGAGGCUAGAGCUUUGAUCUUGGGAAGGAGAGCAUACAGGGUUCAGUCAUUGACUGAUGCAUUUCCUGUUGAUAUCAGCCUGCUGGCUGAGCUUUAAUGGAAGAUAAUAUGGUAAUCUGCAAAUAUUAUGUGAAAAUUAAUA